CCGGGCCAGGUGGCCCCAGGGCCAGGGUCUGUGCCAGCUGUGGGCGGUGGGUGUGGAAACGGCUGGGGGUGAGUCACGGGGGCCCGCCACGCCCCGCUUCUACUUAAGGUCCCAGCGGCCAUACCCACCACCAGCAGUGCCGCCCACCGUCCCAGCCAUGGCGGGAAGCUCUAAUGUGCCCCACAAGACGUCGCUGCCCGAGGGCAUCCGAGUGGGCACCGUGAUGAGGAUCCGUGGUGUCGUCCCGGAAAAGGCUGGCAGGUUCUAUGUGAACCUGCUGUGCGGCGAGGGGCCCAGUGGGGAGGCCGCCCUGCAUUUCAACCCGCGGCUGGACGAGUCCACGGUGGUCUUCAACAGCCUGGAGCAGGGCACCUGGGGCCGAGAGGAGCGCGGCUCGGGCCUUCCCUUCCAGCACGGGCAGCCCUUCGAGGUGCUCCUCAUCGCCACGGAAGACGGGUUCAAGGCGGUGGUCGGCGACUCGGAGUACCACCACUUCCGCUACCGGAUCCCGCCGGCGCGCGUGCGCCUCCUGGAGGUGGGCGGGGACCUGCAGCUGCAGUCGGUGAAGAUCUUCUGAGCCGCCCAGGGGGCGGGCGGGGCGGGUCCGGGGCGCGGGCGGAAAAUAAAAGUUUCAGCGCACGUGUGUGCGCCCCGUCUGUG